AUGAGGUGUACAUUUCCUAGUGGUUGGCUAGAUUGGGGGAGCCGACGCUUGAGUAGUUUAUGUAUCUUUACUCAAUCUCUAAGCAACAGGGAAGUUUUGGCUAGGUACAGGACAAUUGCCGAAAGGCAAAAAAGAGGGGUUAUUUCAUUAGUCGGAUGCCUUUUACUCAGAAAUCCUGGAGGAACAUGUGGUGUUUGGCCUACGGUGAUUGGGAGUGUCUGCCCGGGAAGACCGCCCAUUUCCAAGGAGAAUGAGGACGAGGUUGACAGGGUGAGGUCGCUGCUAUCGGAGACUGAGCAAGAGUACCGACACUUAGUCACUCCGAAGAAUUUGCUAGAAUCCGAACUCUUGCAAGGGAGUGUUGUAAAGGGAAGAACGAAAGUGGUUGUGGAUAUUGAUGAGGCCAAAAUGCAGAAGCAACUGAGGGAGUCUCGAGCCAAGAAGGCAGAGAAAGGGGGGUGCCAGGCAGGCGACUGGUAA